UGUCCCAGUAUACUAUCAUUGUCCAGGCCACCGACAUGGAGGGAAACUUGAACUUUGGCUUGUCUAACACAGCCACAGCCCUUAUCAGCAUAACUGACAUCAACGACAAUCCUCCAGAACUGACAGUUAGAACGUUUUCAGGGGAGGUGCCAGAGAACAAGGUGAAUGUGGUGGUGACCAACCUGACAGUGGUGGACAGGGAUCAGCCCCACAGUCCCAACUGGAACGCCGUCUACCGCAUCAUCAGCGGAGACCCCUCUGGACACUUCACCAUCCGCACCAACCCCAUCACCAAUGAGGGCAUGCUGACAGUGGUCAAGCCCGUGGAUUUUGAGAUGAAUCGUGCCUUCAUGCUGACCGUGGUGGUGUCCAACCAGGCCCACCUGGCCAGCGGCAUCCAGUCCUCGCUUCAGUCCACAGCAGGUGUAACCAUUUCGGUUCAGGAUGUGAACGAACCUCCCAUCUUCCCUGUCAACCCCAAGACGAUCCGCUUUGAGGAGGGUGUGCCAGCAGGGACCACUCUUACCGUGUUCGCCGCUCAGGACCCCGACCACUUCAUCCACCAGAUUGUCAGGUACUCCAAGCUGUCAGACCCAGCUAACUGGCUGAAGAUCAACAGGACCAAUGGUCAGAUCACCACCACGGCCCUGCUGGACCGCGAGUCCAUGUAUGUCAAAAACAACAUGUACGAGGCCACAUUCCUGGCAUUCGACAAUGGUAAGUCUGGUAAGUCAGGAUGACUGUGGGUGUCGUGAUUAU